AUGAAUGGUAGAAAACCGCUCAAGAUUCAAAUCUCGAGAAGUAAUCCUUCAUAUGGUGCACUUCUAACACUUUGUUGUUCUGGAUUUCAAUUGGAAGAAUCGAUAGAAUUCACCGGUUCAGAGGAAAGCUUUGUUAAAAUUGAUGGAAGAAAGUAUACUAACGAUGCAUCUAUAUCAAGAUUUAUCGUACGUAAUUCUGACAUGUUCGCGAAUUUGCUUGGGAAUGAUUUAUUAGAACAGGCACAGGUUGAUGCAUGGGUAACAGCAGUUGAAGAAAUUCUUGAAUUUAAUUUAUCUGAGCAAGAACUCCUCUCUUCAGUUUCAGCGAAGUUAAAAAACUCAACAACAAUGUGUCUUGAUAGGUUCACUCUUGCGGAUAUCAUGGUUUGGACUGUUUUAGCCAAAAAUGAUUCGUUGCAUAGAAAUACACCAUUCACCAAUUUCUUUCGGCUUAUUCUUGGUCAUCCUUGUUUUGAGGAGGCACACCGAAUCGUAGGAAAAUUUGAAAUACCAAAGCCGAAAAUAAAGGACGAUGGGAAGAAAGAUAAUACAACAAUGAGGAAAGGAAAGCAAAAAAUCAAAGAUGAAGGAAAAUUUGUGGAAUUAAAAGGUGCCGAAAAGGGAAAAGUUGUCGUUAGGUUCCCUCCAGAAGCAAGCGGGUAUUUGCACAUUGGCCAUGCUAAAGCUGCAUUACUUAAUCAACAUUAUCAACAAGUAUUUGAUGGCCAAUUGAUAAUGCGUUUCGACGAUACAAAUCCUGCAAAAGAAAAUGCUCAUUUUGAAAAAGUGAUAAAAGAAGAUUUGAAAUUGCUGAAAAUAAAGCCAGAUAAAUGGUCUUAUUCGUCAGAUCAUUUUGAAAUAUUGCUGCAAUAUUGUACACAACUUCUACGCGAAGGAAAAGCAUAUGUGGAUGACCUGGAUGCUGAGACGAUGAGGAAAGAGCGAGAAGAACGAAAGGAAAGCAGAAAUCGUAAUAACUCGAUGGAAAAAAAUCUCAAACUGUGGGAAGAAAUGCAGUGUGGUUCUACUAGAGGUCAAGAAUGCUGUGUACGUUUGAAGAUAGAUAUGUCUAACAACAAUGGCGCAUUACGAGACCCUACAAUUUAUCGUUGUAAAAUUGAAGAACAUAUUCGAACUGGUAAUAAGUACAAAGUUUACCCAACAUACGAUUUCGCUUGUCCAGUUAUAGAUAGCAUUGAAGGAGUAACACAUGCCUUACGAACUACGGAAUAUACUGAUCGUGAUGACCAAUAUAAUUUUGUUUGUAGUGCAUUAGGUUUACGUCUGCCUCGUAUUUGGUCCUUUGCGAGACUGAAUAUGACACAUACAGUAAUGAGCAAGCGUAAACUGACUUGGCUUGUCGAUGAACAUUAUGUUGACGGAUGGGAUGAUCCGCGCUUGCCAACUGUGCGUGGUAUAAUGCGUCAUGGUUUAACGGUGGACGGUCUCAAACAGUUUAUUGUUGCUCAGGGUGGAAGCCGCUCGGUUGUUACCAUGGAGUGGGAUAAAAUUUGGGCGUUCAAUAAAAAAGUAAUAGAUCCAGUUGCUCCUCGGUAUACGGCAUUAGCUGCCAACAACCGUUUGGUUAAUGUGCGAGUACUCGAUAGUACAAUUGACCACUGGAAGUCUGUAUCACUUCACCCGAAAAAUGAUUAUAAAAAAACACUUAAAGUAACCUGGAUUGCGAAAAGUUCGACCAUUCCUGUGAAAAUUGUCCACUACGAUCCUAUUAUUAGUAAAGCGAUUAUAGGGAAGGAUGAAGAUUGGAGAAAAUAUGUUAAUCCUAAUUCUAUCAAUUACAGUGAUUUAGUGGGUGAACAUGCUUUAAAAGAUUUGCAUAAAGGUGACAUUGUUCAAAUCCAGCGCAAAAACUAUUGCAUAUGUGAUUGUGAAUAUGCAGAGAAAAGUGAGCUUUCAGGAGUGGCAAUUCCACUUGUUUUGAUUGUCAUACCUGAUGGAAGUAAAUCAACAGCCAAGUUGACUCAAACGGAGAUAUCGGAAGGAACCACUGUAAAAUUAUUAGAAUUCAAAAAGGAGUUUAAAGAACAUUUUGGAAUAGAAUAUAAAUCUGGAUUCGCCGUUUCUUCCACAGAAUCAAAUGUUUCCAGUUCAGCACAAAAUGUAAAUCAUACAAAUGGAAUGGAUAGUCCUAUGUCCAUAUAUCUUCAAGUGGACAAUCAAGGAAAUCUUGUGCGUUCUUUAAAAUCUCAAAAAGCUGAAAGUGACCAAGUAAAGGAAGAGAUCGCCAAAUUAUUAGGAUUAAAAAAAAUCUAUAGAGAAACAAUUGGUCAAGAUUACAUUGCUGGCAAGCCUCCUAAUAUUAAUUGUUCGGUGGGCGGAAAUGCAGAUUCAGAAGCCAUUGGAUUUUCUGCUGCUGAAGUAAAAAGUCAAGAGGAACUAUUCAUUGAGAUUCAGCAACAGGGUGAUCUAGUUCGACAAUUGAAGACAAAAAAUAAAAAUUCGAAGGAAACUACUGAUGCUAUAGCAAGAUUACUGAAAAUGAAAGAACGAUACAAAGAAAUAACCGGAAGUGAAUAUAAGUUAACAGAGGACAAUACUAAAGACAAAAAGGAGCAGCAGGUUGAAAUAACGGCUCCUCAUGUCAUCACUACAAAUGAGCAACAGUUUGAUGCAAAAAGCUCUAGUAUUUUCGAUAAUGCGCAGUCAUUAGAAACAAAAAAAUUUGUUAUUGAAACAUCGAAAGAGGAGAAUUGUGCUGAAUGGUAUUAUCAAGUGAUUACAAAAGCAGAUAUGGUCGAAUAUCAUGAUAUAUCGGGAUGUUAUGUUCUUCGGCCGUGGUCAUAUUCGAUAUGGGAAUUUGUAAAAAAAUGGUUCGAUGGUGAAAUAAAGAAGUUUGGUAUACACAAUUGUUAUUUCCCAAUAUUUAUCUCGCAAAAUGCAUUGGAAAGAAAAAAGUCGCAUAUUUCUGAUUUUGGUGUUGAAAUAGCAUGGGUGACGAAAGCAGGAAAUUCGGAAUUGACUGAACCGAUUGCUGUUCGACCGACAAGUGAAAUUGCGAUAUAUCCAAGUUAUGCCAAAUGGGUUCAGUCUUAUCGUGAUUUGCCGAUUCGUCUUAAUCAAUGGUGCAGUGUUGUUCGUUUGGAGUCCAAAUAUCCGAUCCCAUUUCUGCGCACUUGUGAGUUUCUUUGGCAAGAAGGACAUACUGCAUUUCAAACUGCUCAUGAAGCAGAAGCCGAAGUUUUCACCAUUCUUGAUUUGUAUGAAACUAUAUAUCGUGAUCUUCUGGCUAUACCUGUGGUGAAAGGUCGGAAAUCAGAGAAGGAAAAAUUUGAUGGUAGCAAUUUCACAACAACAGUAGAAGCUUAUGUUCCAGUUAAUGGACGAGGAAUACAGGGCGCUACUUCUCAUCAUCUUGGACAGAAUUUUUCGAAAAUAUUUGACAUUUCAUUCGAGGAUCCACAAACUGGAACUAAAUCAUUUGCAUGGCAAAACAGCUGGGGAGUAACGAUACGAACUAUCGGUGCAACAAUUAUGAUUCAUGGUGACGAUAAAGGACUGAUUGUCAUCAUUCCUUUGGAUUUCACUAGUCAGUCCAAUAAAGAAGAAAAAGAACAAAUCAUAUGCACAAUUAAGAAAGUAAAUUCUUCUCUUGUGGAGGGAGGAAUUCGAUCGGAAUGCGAUUUCCGCAGUAACUAUUCAACUAGCUGGAAGGUUAAUUACUGGGAAUUAAAAGGAGUUCCAAUACGGGCAGAAAUUGGACUGAAAGGUAUUGCUGAAAACAAGGUCAAAUGUGUCGUGCGCCAUUCAGAUGAAAAAUUUUUUAUCAAAAUGGAUGAAUUAGAUGCAAAAGUGAAGAGAUUGUUAGAAACAAUUCAUGAGCAGAUGUAUAAUAAAGCUUUGAAUGCUAGAACAGCUCAUACGAAAUUGACAAAUGACUGGGAAGAAUUCAAAAAUCUUCUUGAUGAGAAAUUUUUGCUCUUAUCACCGUUUUGUGGUGGUAUAGAAUGUGAAGAUGCGAUCGAAAAAGAGAGCUAUAAAGAUGAGAAAACAAAUCUUGGCGCACCAAUGGGCGCAAAAACUCUUUGCAUACCACUUGAACAACCAGUCCAUCAAUUCCCGGAACAUUGCAUUCGUCCCGACUGUGGCAAGGCGCCAAGAUAUUUUGCAAUAUUUGGACGCAGCUACUGA